UUCAUUUUCCGACAAAUAAACAAACAACACUGGCACUCUAAUUCCACCUAUAAAUAUAGGUCUCUCUGCCACUUCACUAUCAUUUCCAACUUCAGAUUAAUUUCCAUAUACAGUCACACACACAGCCAUGGGCAUGGCUAACAAAUAUUCCAACUAUCAAAAUCUAUUCAUCUGCACUCUCCUCUUCCUAUUCUCUACUACUGCAUUACUUACUCAGGCCAAAACAUCUUUCAGGCCCAAAGCCCUUGUUGUGCCAGUCACAAAAGAUGCCUCCACACUCCAAUACCUCACUAAAAUCAACCAAAGAACCCCACAAGUUCCAGUAAAACUUGUCGUCGAUCUCGGAGGCAAUUUCUUGUGGGUCGACUGUGAUACCAACUACACCUCCUCAACCUACCGCCCAGCACGCUGCAAAUCCACCCAGUGCUCCCUGGCCAAAUCCAUCGGCUGCGGUACCUGCUUCUCAUCCCCCAAGCCUGGCUGCAACAACAACACCUGCAGCCUCCUCCCGGGCAACACCGUCACCGAACACUCCACCAUCGGCGAGGUCGCCCAAGAUACUCUCUCAAUCCAGUCCACCAACGGCCUCACACCCGGCCGAAUCGCCACCGUCUCGAACUUCCUCUUCACCUGCGGGUCGACCUUUUUACUAAAAGGACUCAAAAAAGGUGUUUCUGGCAUGGCCGGCCUCGGCCGGACGAAAAUCGCGCUGCCGUCGCAAUUCUCCUCCGCAUUCAGCUUCCACCGCAAGUUCGCAAUCUGCUUAUCUUCAUCAACCGGCGUAGUUUUCUUCGGGGACGGGCCUUAUGUUCUCCUCCCCAACGUCGACGCCUCUAAAGGCCUCUCGUUCACGCCGCUGCUAACCAACUCGGUGAGCACCUCCUCCGCCGAGUAUUUCAUCGGCGUGAAAUCAAUCGUGAUUGAUGGAAAAACGGUUACCGUUAAAUCGAGUUUGUUAGCCAUUGACAAUAACAGCGUUGGUGGAACCAAGAUCAGCACGGUGAAUCCUUACACGGUUCUCGAGGAUUCUAUUUUCAAGGCGGUUACGAAGGCGUUUAUCAACGCGUCUGUGGCUAGGAACAUUAAGAGGGUGGCGGCGGUUAAGCCGUUUAAGGUUUGCUUCAGCGGUAAGGGCGUGGGGAGUACGCGGUUGGGUGCGGCGGUGCCUACGGUGGAGUUUGUGAUGCAGAAUGGUGUGACGUGGUAUGUUUUUGGAGCGAACUCGGUGGUAGAUGUGCAUAAUGAUGGUAGUGUUUUGUGUCUUGGGUUUGUGAACGGUGGGAAGAAUGCGAGGACUUCGAUUGUGAUUGGUGGGUAUCAGCUGGAGAAUAAUCUGGUGCAGUUUGAUUUGGCUGCGUCUAGAUUGGGGUUCAGCUCUUUGCUCUAUGGAAGGCAAACCACAUGUGCCAACUUCAACUUCACCUCCACGGUGUAAACGGGCCAAGGGUUUAUGGAUGAAUAUAUGCUCUUUGAAUAAUUAAUUUGUGUUGUACUUUUUGAUUUGAUUUUCGUUGAGGAUAAGGGCUAUUAAAUUCAU